AUGAUGUACACAAAGCUCCCAUUGGAGCUUAGGGAACUGAUCUACCAAUAUCUCUACCUUGAGGACGGCCCCAUUCCAGUCGGCUCGUACCAUUUCACAGUUUAUGUGCCCGAGCCUCUGAGGUCCGAGGAUAUUAAUCCCCCCGCACACAGUGAGCCUUUUAUAGUCAUGCCGGAAGGAGCGACAAAACAAGACCACAGUAUCGAGCGCGAUGGGAAUAUUAUCUACCCAGAUAGCAGACUCCUUAAUCCUGCGUACCUUGGUCACGCAGUAGCCAGAGACGCCUCCAUGUACUAUUACACGUCGAACACUUUCACGGUUUGCACUCUGGAGAAUGCACUAUCCGACUUUCUCUUCCGAGAUCCUAUACACAACUUCAUCGGAGGAGAAACAGGCCUGGAAAACGUUGAGCCUCUUGGUCUGCUCCCAAUCGACCAUAUUCGCAACCUCGAAAUCCGCGUCAAAUACGAACAUUACUUCACUUACCUCACUUUCUAUGAAGAACUCCAAGACGGCGAGAAGAGGUUUAUCCAGGGCAUCUUUGAUGCUCUGCACGACUUCAGUAGGCGCAUAAGCCCUGCCAAUGCAUCACGACUGCAUGUUGAGAUUUGCAUGAUGUCAGCUUCCAUCCCGCUACGAGAUCGUCUUAACGAGCGUACCCACAUGAACGUCCUCGAAGCCAUUCGCGUCCCUGUAUACGUGCUCAAGCAUGAUCUAGGUGCAGAUAUCAAAGUUAUACAUUACGACGACCACCUCAGCCCCUUUCCCAAAGACAAGAGUGCCAUAUUUCAAUUGUCAAAGGAUCAAUGGUCAAAAGAGAAAAGCGCUUUUGAGGCUGCCAAUAUUGAGUAUUCGCCCAUGCAAUACCUUGCCACACGCUCAACAGCUCCAAGCGAAUCGUUGUGUUUGAUCAGAGAUCGUUGGGGGCUCCGAUUCGCCUUUGAUGCAUCUUGUACACAUCCGAUUGCAGAGUUUGGACGCUGGCCCAACGCUAUCCCCGAGACUACUCACGAACCACUAUCUUCGUGUGGGAGGGUGUGA